GAUACAAAGACAGGGACAGCUGAUUUCGUUUGGCAUGCAAUUCGACGUCCGUGCUGAGAUUUAAAAUUAUUUUUAGUUUAUAAUAAAGACACCUGCGUAACAGUAGCAACAGCUGAACAUUCAAAACAAUUUAGUAGCUCUAGUAGCCUGCGUGUGUCUAGACAAAAAGCAUAAGCGUGUGUAUUGCGCAAAAAUGUUAGAAGCUGUCAUUGCGAAAUUCUCAGCAGCAGCGGCAGCAGCAGACACAACAGCAGCAGCAGCAACAACAACAGCAGCAGCUACAAAAGCAACAACAACGGCGGCCGUUAAAAGACAGUAAAAUAUAAAAAUCACAUAAGUGUGCAGCAAAUUGCAUAGCCAUCAAUUGAGAUUGUUACAAAUAGCAAACAUUUUGUGCAUGGAGCAACAGCAGCUGCGAAUCGCAAACGAAUUUAACUGUUGAAAUAGGAACAAACAGAAAGGUGUGCGAACAGCUGCGUUUUUUGGGAGACUGGCGUAGGCGUUGACGUUGGCGUUGGCGCUGGCGUAGGCAGCGGGCUAAAACAGCGUGCGCACUUACACACACACACAAAGCGCGUAUAUCAAAAGCAUAACAAACGUAUCAGAAGAAGACUAUGGAAAUGCGAGAGGUUUUAAGUCGUGAGGGACGCGAGGCGAAGAAUUUGCUUGUCUACCAGUUUUGCGAUGAGACAACCGCAAGCGGCGUCGGCGUCGGCGCUGGCAGAGAUGGCGCUGUAGUCAAUGGAGACUGUUAUCCGACGCCCACAAGCCGCAAGCCGCCAAUGGCGCCGCCGAAAUCGCCAAAUGGCAUGCAAACGCCCAAACACUGCCAAUCGCCGACGACGACGGGGGCGGCAACACGAUCGAAGCCGGGCAGCGCCGGUCUGGCCGGCUCCAGUGGACCGCGUGUGCGCAGCGCCUCGACCGGACGGGACAAGAAGUCGGAGCUGCAGGCGCGCUACUGGGCGUUGCUCUUCGGGAAUCUGCAGCGCGCGGUGAACGAGAUCUAUCAGACUGUUGAGUGCUACGAGAACAUAUCCAGCUGCCAGGAGGCGAUCCUUGUGCUGGAGAACUAUGUGCGCGACUUCAAGGCGCUCAGCGAGUGGUUCAAGGUCAGCUGGGACUACGAGUCGCGCCCGGUGCAGCAGCGCCCCCACAGCCUCGCCUGGGAGGUGCGCAAGAGCAAUCCCACGCCGCGCGUGCGCACCAAGAGCCUCUGCAGUCCCACAACCUCGGGCAAGUCCAGUCCGGCGCUCUUCCCCUGCAACUCGGGCAAGACGUCGCCCUGCUGCGAUGGUCACGUGACGCCGAAGAAGCUGCUGCGCGCCUGCGACCCGUUGCCGCGCGGCGCAAUGCGUGUGAAUGUCCGCGAAUUGUUCUCCUCCAAUAAGCCACGCAAUGCACGCGGCUCACCCAACUCGGAUGUGCAGGAGGUGCAAGAGAUGCAAGAGGUGCAAGAGGUGCAUGAGCUGCAGACUCCGCAGUUGGAGCUGCAGACUCCGCAAUUGGAGCUGCAGACUCCGCACUUGGAGCUGCAGACCCCGCAGUUGGAGCUGCAGACUCCGCAAUUGGAUCUGUCUGACGACAAGUCGUAUGUGGAGUUGAAUACACAAUAUUCCCAGACGGAUCUGGAAGAUCCGCACUUGACGCUCGCCGAUGUGCGCGAGAAGAUGGCCAGGGAGAAGGAGGAGCGGGAGGCUGCGGAAAGGGAGAAGGCGGAACGGGAGCUGGCUGAAAGAGAGGCAGUUGCCAAGGAAAAGGCUGAGCAGGAGGCGGCUGAGCAGGAGGCGGCUGAGCAGGAGGCGGCUGAGCAGGAGGCGGCUGAGCAGGAGGCGGCUGAGCAGGAGCGAAAAGUGACUGAAGCGGAAGCCGCUGUGAAGCAGCUGGCGGGUUUGCCAGCAGCUCAGCCAGCAAUUCAGUCAGCAAUUCAGCCAGCAAUUCAGCCUGCAGCUUAUGCAGAAUCUCAGCAGCCAGCCGUAAACGUUCCCUUACCCGAGCACGUCCCACAGCCGCCACUAGCGCCUGCCGCAACACCCUUGGCUGUCGUCGAGCCCACGGCAGUGCAGUUGACUGUCUGCCGCUUGGAUGCCAUGGAGAAUGUGUUGCUGCAUGCGCAGGCCAACAAGCAGCCCACGCCGCCCAACACAUUGCUCAAGCCCGUGGCUGCCCUGCCCGAGAGGAGGCAGCCGGAGAAGCUGCAGCAGCUGAGCAAUGCGCCAGCCAUGCAGAAUAGUCCCUUGAAAUACUCGAGUGUGCUGAAUCGUCCAGCUGCCAUGCGUGGCAGCAAUCCCAAGGCAAAUGUGCCGCCCAUGUCAGCAGCUGCCGCAAAUAGUAAAUUGGUUAACAGCAAGCCGGGCGCUAAGGCAGCGGCGCCGCUCAACGGGCUGCGUCGCAGCGGCAACAACAACGCCAACAACAACAAUGCGAAGCCGUUUGUGACGCGCAGCGCUCGCCUGGCUGCUGCUCAGCCACCGCCGCGUCCUGCCAGCAAAGCGGAGUGCUAUGGACCGCCCAACAAUGUGGCCACUCGACUCUCGGCUCGUUCGCGCACGAUGCUGGACAUGAAUGGGAAUGCAGUUGGCGCGGCUGCAGCUGCAGCUGUGAUGCCCCGGCCAAGUCUGUCCAGGCGCGUGGGCUCACAGCUGAACGUGACUGGUGCGAGUGGUGCAUCGAAUCCUAAUCUGGGCAAGCGUGCGAGUGCGCCCACCGUGCGUCUGAGCUCGCGCGAGGACAUAGCCAGCUCCACGUCGACGCUGAAGGCCAGCAACGAACAGCUGAGCAGCUCGAGGAGCACACUGAAGCUGGAGGAGCGACACUCGGAGCCCAAGCAGCUGAUGGAUGCCAACGAUGGCUGGCACACGGUCAAGAAUCGCCGACGCACGAGCAUGCACUGGUCGAAUCGCUUCAAUCAGCCCACGGGCUAUGCCAGUCUGCCCACCCUGGCGCUGCUGAACGAGCAGAAGGAGGAGAAGGACAAGCAGCAGCGAGAGAAAGCCGCAGCAGCAGCAGCAGCUGCAGCUGCCAGUAAAGCUGGCCAAGCCAGCGGCAAGCCAAAGGCAACAGCAGCUGAGACCAAAGCAAAGGCCGGCCAGAAGGCGGCCAAGGUGAUGGCGCCACCGGCGUCCAGGCCAGAGAUCAAGAAUGCCAAAGCCAAGGUUAACUCUUUCCCGGCACAGCGAGCAGGAGCCCAAAUAAAAAAGCAGGACAAUCAGCAGGAGAAGCACAAGGACAAGGAGCUAGAAAAGAGCAAAGAAAACGACAAGGACAAAGAGAAGGAGAAGGGCAAGGACAAGGAAAAUGAGAAAGACAAAGAGAAGGAGAAGGAGAAGGAGAAAUCGAAGCCAGCAACUGCCUUGACUCGCAGCAGCAGCAAUUUCACUCAGAAUAAUACAGCAUCUGCAGCAAAUGCUCGCGCCACCAUUAUCAAGCGACAGAAAUCAGAUCUCACUGGACUUAAGAUGACCUCGCUGCACAAGGAAUACAUGCGCAGCGAGAAGAACGCGCUGCGCAAACAGCAGAAGGAGCAGCAGGAGCAGAGCAAAGGAAACAAUGCCCAAGCCACUGAUAAUGAGAGUAAUAACGAUGAUCACAACAAGAUCGACAUCAAAAUCCAGACGAACUGUGAGUUCUCCAAGACCAUUGGCGAGCUAUACGAGAGCAUCGCUCGCUGCAAGCUGCCAAAUGGCUGUGUGAAGCCCAAUGCCAGCCUGCUGGCGGCCUGCGAUGAGAUCGAGGAGCAAACGGCCGAGGAUGUGGAGGAGGAGCGCAACGAGCGCAUCCUCGUGGAGGUGCAGGAGUCGCUGGAGCGUCAAAUACGCGAGCUGGAGAGCACUGAGAUCGAUGUGGACACCGAAACGGAUGAAACGGAUGGGGAGGUACAGCUGGAGGAGCAGGACGACAGUACGGAUCAGGCGCUCGACGAUGCCGUCGUCUUUGUCACAAUGAGCGACGACGAGAAUGCGAGCUUGGAGCUGCGCUAUCAGGCCCUGCUCUCGGAUAUGUCCUGGAACGAGCGGGCCGAGGCGCUGGCCACUCUUCAGGCCUAUGUGGCUCGCCAUCCCGGUCGUGCGCAGGAGCUGCAUCAGAAACUGUCGUCGCCAUCGCGUCGUCGCUCGCUGCAGGAGACGCUGAAGAAGUAUCAGGCCAAGCAGGCCAGGGCACAGCAGAAGCGGGCGCUGCUGCAGCAGGAGAAGGCAGCGAAGCUGCAACAGCUCUUCGUGCGUGUGGAGGAUGUGAAGGCGGCCAAGAAGCAGCUGAUCGAGGAUAAGCGACUGAAGAUGGAGGGACGACUGCAGCGGGCUGCCGAGAAUCGGGAGCUCUACCUACGCCAGAUCAUCGAGAAGGCGCACGACGAGGACAAAAAGCUGAAGGAGAUUAACUUCAUCAAGAAUAUCGAAGCGCAGAAUAAGCGCCUGGACCUGCUCGAGGCCUUCAAGGAGACCGAAGGUCGGCUGCAGGAUCUGGAGCAGGAGCGCCAGAAGCGUGUCGAGGAGAAGGCCGCCAAGGAGGCUGCGGUGGAGCGACGUCGCCAGGCAUUGGAAAAGGAGCGACUGCUCAAGCUGGAGAAGAUGAACGAGACGCGGCUGGAGAAGGAGCAGCGCAUUGGCAAAAUGCAGGAGCAGAAGGAGCGCCAACGCCAAGCGCUGGCACGCGAGAAGGCGCGCGACCGCGAGGAGCGCCUGCUCGCCCUCCAGGUGCAGCAGCAACAGACCACCGAGGAGCUGCAGCGCAAGAUCCAGCAGAAGCAGCUGGAGUCGGCGCGCCGGCACGAGGAGAACAUCGAACACAUUCGCCAGCGGGCACUGGAGCUGACCCUGCCCAGCACACGGCAGCAGGACGAGGCGCGUGGCGACGAGGAGCCGGAGCUGCUCAACGGCAACACCACCAGCACCACCAACGAGGACUGCGAUAUGUCCUCCACCCUGUCUGAUAUUGGCGGCGUCGCCGGCAGUCGGGAGCAUUCGCGCAGCUACAAGAAGAAGAUGAAGAAGCUCAAGCAGCGCAUGAAUCAAUGUGCUGCCGACUAUCUCGCCACUUUGGAGCCUCUGCCCGCCCAUGUGAAGCGGGACAGCAGCGUGCCCAAGCUCUUGAAUCUGGUGAUGAAGGGCGGCGGUAAUCAGGGUCUAGAUCGCACGCUGGGCAAUCUGUUGCGUGUGAUUCCGAAGGCGCAGACCUAUGACUUCCAGGCGUUCCUCAACAUGGACGGUCUGGGCGUGCUGACCAACUAUGUGAUUAGCAAGGGCCUGGAGGAAAAUUCCGAGAUCUCCAAGAAAUCCGUCACACUUGCCGUCCAGCUUUAUCGGAAUGCGUGCUCCGUUUGUCCACAGAUAGCGCGUCAUGCGCUGUUGGGCAACUCCAUUGCGACGCUCUUCGAUGCCAUCAGCAAAAGUUUCCAGUUACCCGAAGAAAAAUCACCACAACAUCCGGUCGAGUUAUCCACGGAGCUAAUGCUGGCAUGCACCGAGGCGCUAUCAUCGAGCUAUGUGAAGAAAAACACCCACCCUAAAGUACCGGAACGCCUACCGGAUAUGAUAAACUAUGCCGUAAUCACUGGACUAAUUGGAAUGCUGUCGCGCCGUUGCAUGAAGGUGCGCGAGUCCAUUGAGCAGAACCAGAGCGUCAUGUUGAGCCUGUUGACCACGCUGGGCUUCCUCACCCGCUUCAUUGAUGUUUGUGCGCCCGGUCCUGGCGAUCCGACACGUCUGCUCAGCGCUGCCAAGUCCACCGAGCUCUUCGGCACCGUGGCCAUGCUCUCCGGCUGCGUGGUGCCCAUAGGUGAAUGCAUUCCGCCGCGCACGACCGCCUUGGCGGCAUCGACUUUUAAUCUUUUCGUCUCGCUGGCUUCGGUGGACUCGAACACUUUUCAGGAGGUGCUGUCCGUGGAGGGUCCUUUGUCGCUGAAGCUGCUGGACGUGAUGAGCCUGAUACUUAAAUAUAGCGUAAAUCAACCAACUGCCAAUGCGAGGGCCGAGAGCUCAACGAUGCUCAUCGAUUUGAUCGCAACCCUGGCGUUCUUCAGCGUGAACAAUCGACGGCAUCAGGAGCUGUUGAUAUCGGAGCCAUUUGCGGUGAUCUUCAAGAAUUUGUCCAAGCUGCCGACACAGUUUAAUCCGGUCAUUUAUCCAUUUUUGGUGACCAUGUGCUACAACAAUGCCCCGGCCAGGCAGGUCAUAUCACGCGACUUUGAUCUAGGGUUCCUCGAUGAAUACAGCAGAUCGGAUGCGGCCAAGCGCAAUCGCUUAAUACAAAUGAUGCAUGACAAGGGCAACAACAGCAACAGCAACAGCAGCAGCAACAAAAACAGCAACAGCAACAGCAACAACAACAACCAGCAAAAGUAGAGCCUUUGCUCUCUGCCAUCUCACUCAGUGUCUCUGUGUCUGCCCUCAAGUGAUAAUAUUUUCAAAGAAAAACAACUCGAAACAUUCGAAACAAGUGGAUGAAAAACUGCUUGGAAAAUGCUAAAGGAUUUACACAUAUUUUUACAAUAAUUUAUAAUCAAUUGAUAUCUCUCUGUAGAUAUAUCUAUAUAUAUAUACAACGUAUAUAUGGUAUGCUAGUUAUAUAACACACUCACACACAUACACUCAUAUAUCGCUCAUCACAUUCACAUUCACAAAACAACAAAAACUCGCUUAGUUUUAUUACAAUUCGUAAUGUAAUUUAUGUUAGUUUAAAGCAAAUGAAAAAGAAGUAUUAAUACAUUCAUCUUAAUUUACACACACACACGCGCACUCACACAAACACACACACUCACAUAAAUUUUGGCCACGCACCUUUUGCAAAAUUCUCAGUUCUUGCUUUUGCUUGUUAAUAAUUUGAAAUAUUUUCUGUUAAUUUUUCCCCUCCAAUUAAUUUGUAUUUGAACUUGUAUUAAUUCAUGAAAGGCAAACUAAUGUCAUUUUGUUUUCGUUCUGCGGUUUUGAGAGCCUCCUACAACCAUCCAAAUUUUAUUUUGUUCCAACAACAUUUUGUAAUUCAUAUAUAAUAAAGAAAUUUGUGAAAACUCUUUAUAAA